AUGAGUGCUGUUGUUUUGAUUAGAGAUGCCGAUGGGGCGUACAUAGAGGCUCGCGCGCUCCUGGACACGUGUGCAAAUGCGAACUUUAUGACCGCGGAUUUAGCUAAACGAUUGCGUCUCCCUACUAGGCCUUGCUCGAUUCCGAUCGGAGCAAUUAACGACGUGCGAACUACCACGAAACAUUGCGUCGAUGCCCAAUUUAAAGCGUUACAUUCGGACUUUAAUAAGCGUUUAACUUUCCUCACCGUUCCCAACAUAACUAGCGUCACUCCGGAGGAACCGUUUCCUCGCGAUUCGAUCAGGCUACCCAAGAACAUCAGGUUAGCGGACCCUCAAUUCCAUCUCCCUCGACAAGUCGACAUUUUAAUUGGUUCUGGAGCAACGUUGUCCAUGCUUUCUAUAGGUCAAGUUAACUUGUCUAGGGAAGGAAGCGAGUUAUAUCUUCAGAAGACUCAGCUAGGAUGGGUGAUCGUUGGUGGUAUUGACACCGACAAGAUUUCAACGGUGUCGUGUCAUCUUUCUCAGUUAGAAAAGCAGCUGGUUCAAUUUUGGUCUCUGGAAAAAUGCUCCAGUCCGGUUGAGCAGGCUGACGACAGGUUAGAAUGCGAGAAGUGGUAUGUCGACACCACGGUUCGACUGUCUGACGGACGGUACAUGGUGAGAUUGCCGUUUCGGAAAAAGGACCCGGUACUAGGGGACUCGAGGGCGCAAGUUCUCAAGCGGUUCCGGGGAUUGGAACGGCGAUGCAGCCGUUCGUCCGGCAUGAUGGAAGAAUUCAGUCGUGUCUUUCAGGAAUAUCUCGAUUUGGGUCAUAUGUCUUUGGUGGUCGACGAGAAUGACUCGGAAUAUUAUCUUCCAUUCUUGAUUGUCGUUAAGAUUUUGAGCCUUACUACCAAGUUUCGAGUCGUUUUCGACGCAUCCGCUAAGUCGUCGUUAGGUGUGUCUUUAAACGAUCUGUUGUACGUUGGACCUACGAUUCAGGACAAACUUUACGUUCAUCUGGUAAGGUUUCGAUCGCAUAGGUACGUUCUCACUGCUGAUAUUGAAAAGAUGUAUCGGCAGAUACUUAUCCAUCCCGAGGAUCGCCGAUACCAACGCAUUUUCUGGUAUCGCGACGGGAAACUACAGGUGUACGAGUUGAACACAGUUACGUUUGGCGUAUCUUCUGCUCCAUAUUUAGCGAUUCGAACUAUUCAUAGGCUCGCGAACGACGAAAGCGCGCAAUACCCCCGAGCGGCCGAGAUUCUCAAGAGGGAUAUGUAUGUAGAUGAUCUGCUGACAGGCUCAGAUUCUUUAGAUGAGAUUUUGAAGGCGCGUGAUGAGAUAAUCACCGUCUUAAAGCAUGGUGGAUUUAACAUCCGGCAAUGGGCUUCUAACCAUAACCAUGCAUUAGAUAAUUUAGAUGAGAAGGUUCUGAGCUUGGCACCAGAUGGCGAGGACGCGGUUUUAAAAACAUUAGGCGUUUCCUGGGCCUCUAAACGCGACGAAUUGGCUAUCGUAGUCAAGCCCGUAGAAAUCCCCCCUAACGUAACUAAACGCGUAAUCUUGUCGGAGAUUGCGAAGAUUUUCGACCCAGUAGGUUUAGUAGGACCGGUAGGUUUGCACGCGAAGUGGAUCAUGCAGGAAUGUUGGAAGGAGAAAGUUUCUUGGGACGAAUCAGUUCCACAGAGUUUGUUUACGCUUUGGAUGGACUUCGCGAGUCAGUUGUCGUCUCUCUCCAGCGUUUCUGCACCACGCCAUGUAGUUUGCGUUAAUCCCUCGCGCAUAGAAAUUCACGGUUUCAGCGAUGCGAGCAAAAAGGGCUACGGCGCUUGCCUGUACGCUAGGUCCACCGAUAAAGACGAAAAGAUCACUGUACGAUUGAUCUGCUCCAAAUCUAGAGUCGCCCCUUUGAAAGAGCAGACUAUUCCCCGUUUAGAAUUAUGCGGAGCCGUGAUCCUUGUAAGACUUCUUUUAGAAACUCUUCCAGCUUUAGAAUUUUCCAUUGACCGGAUCGUUUUAUGGUCCGAUUCCACUAUAGUCUUACAUUGGUUACGGAAAUCCCCGCAAGAUUUGAAGCUAUUCGAAGCUAAUAGAGUACGCGAAAUUCAAGAAUUAGGAGAGCGCGCCAGUUGGCGAUACGUCCCUACCCAACACAACCCAGCUGACGCUUUAUCCCGCGGGCAACUCCCGAAAGAAUUCCUGCGAAACGAAACGUGGUUUACCGGGCCUACCUGGCUACGGCAAACGGAGGCUUCAUGGCCCGCGAACAUCGUCGAAUCGUCUCCGGAUAUACCCGGAUUGAAAAAAGGAGUCUGUCUCUUCGUCGACAGUGCUAAGGAUCGCAUGUUCCUAUCGCGUUUUUCUAAUCACCGCAUGAUGCUUAAUAUCGUUGCAAUAUGCUUACGAUGGCUUCCUUCGGGCCGACAGUACCGAGGAGAACCCAUCACGGUCGCGGAGAAACGCGAUGCUGAAACCCGCGUGUUUCGAAGCAUUCAGCAGGACGCGUUUUCCGAUUCAAUUGCAUGCUUGACGAAGGGUAUUCAGGUGAAGGGGUCGCAUAUUGCGGCACUUAACCCGUGUUUGGACGCGAAUGGAGUUGUACGUGUGGGAGGACGUCUGAAGAAUGCAGAUAUCCCUAUAGCUAGUAAACACCCCAUACUAUUGCCUUCAAGGAAUCAUGUCACGGACUUGAUCAUCCGUGAAGCUCACGAGUCGAACUACCACUCCGGUGUUCAAAGCACUCUUUUCUAUUUGCGACAACGUUUUUGGUUGAUUGACGCAAAAAAUCAGGUUCGUCAUGUCAUCCGCGAGUGUGUCACGUGUAUUAGGCACAAGCCCCCUCCAAUUCACUGCAAGAUGGCAGAUCUCCCGACCGCUAGGGUCACCGAAUCUCACGUUUUUUCUCACGUAGGCGUAGAUUUCUUUGGUCCCCUUUCCAUUAAAGAGAAAAAGCGAUAUAAUCGUACAGCCCUCAAGGCGUAUGGGUGCGUUUUCGUAUGCAUGGCCACAAAAGCGGUGACCAUAGAGAUAACCAGCGAUUUGACCACCGAAGGUUUCCUAGGCGCGUUCGCUAGAUUCGUAGGACGUAGAGGUAUUCCCCAGCAUGUAUACUCCGACAACGGGACCAAUUUCGUUGGGGCCAACAACCAGCUUAGGGAACUUUUCGCACUCCUCAAUUCAGAAGAGUUCAAAUCUAAGGUGAAUGCCAAAGCUCUUUCGUUAGAUAUUCAAUGGCAUUUUAACCCGCCCUUAUCUCCGCAUUUUGGUGGUUUAUGGGAGGCCGCGGUAAAAUCAUUUAAGCAUCAUCUCAAACGCGUAGUGGGUGGGCAACUUCUCACAUUUGAAGAGCUCUAUACUCUCGUGAUAGAGAUAGAAGCAAUUUUAAAUUCUCGACCCCUCUGGUCAAUCUCUGCCGACCCCAAUGACCCAAUAGCGUUAACCCCAGCUCAUAUUCUGAUAGGUAGGCCUAUUACAGUUCUGCCAAGCGCUGAUUUAACAUCUAUUCCAGAUAAUCGACUGUCCAUUUGGAAGUUCAUCACCAAAGCCCGACAGGACUUCUGGAAGCGGUGGCAUUUGGAAUAUCUCCACGAGCUCCAGCAGCGUCAAAAAUGGCAUGACUCUACUGGAGAACUACGGAAAGGAAUGGUCGUCAUCCUCAUCGAUAAAAAUCAGCCUUGUACGCAGUGGCAGCUGGCAGUCGUUCAAGAGGUGCACCCGGGAACCGACGGACUCGCUCGAGUCGCCACCGUUAGAACUUCACGAGGGACUCUGAAGCGGAACAUCACUCAGCUGUGCCCUCUUCCCACGUCUUCAACGGAAGAAGCUGAAUGAAUUAUAUAUAUUUACACUCACAUACAUACACACUCAAUCACAUGUACAACCGUCGAAUGUACACCCUCUCGAACGAUGAUUUCGUUUGCUCGUGUUACUCGCAACGGGGGGAGAAUGUUCCGUCGAGACCCGAGGUGUAAGUUCCGCCGUGAAAACGGUGUCGAGCGAACUCAGCGAGGUCGACGUAGAGCAUGUGGCUCCAUCUCCCGUGCUCGAGUUGAACAAGCGGAGUCGCGACUUGCCGCGCUCGCCGGCAGCGCCGCCGGCCUCGUGUCGCGCGCGGCCGGACGAGCGCCGAGUCAGUUGACGAUAAGACGCCAAGCUUGACAGCUCGUGCAGUCAAACUAGCGAACGAUCGAACGACACUUUGGCUCUUGCGAAUUCGUCCGUACUUCCAUCGAGUGUUUCUGGUGCUGGUGCUUGUGCUACUCUCUCUCUCUCUCUCUAUCUCUCUCUCUCAUUCUCUCUAAAUCUCUCUCCUUCGUCUCUUUCGCUGCCUGCUACUCGCGUUCGGCUCGCGCCCGGUUCCGCGAAUCGUAUCUCGCGCGCGUCGAAACGUGCAAGUCGGUAGAACUGCGCUACCGACUUGAGUCUGUGGAACUGCGCCGCUGACACGAAGCGAAGAUUCUCUCUGAGAAUCGCACGAACACGACACACAUUCUUCUUUUUCUUCGCAGCUUGUAAAAUAUUCGAGAGGGGUUUUAUGCCUCACGGCUUUCCCCUCUCAAUUUGAGCGCGAUUAAAUACUUUCGAUUUUCGCUCAAUCGACUUCUUUA